GUUCUCCACUCCGGCAAAUCCGCAUUCAAGCGUGGAACGUACACAGACCGUGGCAAACGUUGACAACUUGAGAUAAAGAAGCUGUAAAGCAUACCCGUUUAAACCAAUUACCAGCAACUGAAGAGAGGAAAAUGAACCCAAAGGUUGGCGGAAUAGAGAUCAUCGGCGUCGUUCUACCAGGAGAUGAGAUUCUAAAGUUCAACCCAGACAGGAACAAGGAGCGCAUCUUUAUAGGGCCAGGUCUCCGGUGGGAAGAUAAUGUCGUCCGUGCAACAAAGCCAGGGCUUUUGAAGAAGACACCUAGGAAAUUGUAUUAUGUAGACACACACCAGAAACGUUAUAUUCCUCAAAGAAGAGAGUUUGUAAUUGGGAUAGUUUUAAAAAAGAAAGGAGAUAAUUAUGCCAUAGAUAUAGGAGGAAGUGAAAAAGCAACUAUAUCUUAUUUGUCAUUUGAAAAUGCUUCCAAAAAAACAAGGAAAGAAAUGAAACCUGGAGAUCUUAUUUAUGGACAGCUAAUUGUGGCUAACAAGGAUAUGGAACCUGAGUUAGUAUGUAUUGACAUGUAUGAUCGUGCAGUUGGAAUGGGAUCUCUACCUGAGGAUGGCCUCAUGUUCAGUAUUCCAUUGCAUAUUGCCCGGUCGAUUGUUGAUCCAGAAAAUCCAUUUCUUUUGACUAUCAGCAGGAAGGUUAAGUACACAAUAGUCGUGGGUUUCAAUGGACGUGUGUGGGUGAAGGCUAAAAAGCAGAGUGAUAUGGUGGCUAUCAUGAACUGCAUUUUGAUGUUAGAUGUCAUGACCAUACAGGAAGCAACUGAAAAUGUCUUUAGAUAUUUUGAAUCCUUUUCAAAGUGUGAACCUGAGGCGUUGAUGUGCUAGUUAUUGUAUGGUAAGUUGUGUUGUAAAUUUAGGUUUUUUAUGCUGAAUUGUAAACUGAGAAAACAUAACAAUUCUGAUUAUGCUUGUACCUGUUUUGGUAUUUUAAAUAUAAGAAAGUGCCACUUUUUAUGUUUACAUCUGGUAUGACACUAUAUAUGAAUGCAUCCUUUCAUACAAGGCCUUAGCACCUUAAUUUUUAUAUAAUGAACUUUUAGUAGUUUUCUAUUAAACUCGUGUACUGAACAAAAAAUAUUUACAGUAAGAAAAUUAUGAACUCGUUUCUUAACAGUGUUUUAACGGAUAGUAUUUUUUGUUAUUUGUAUGAGAAAAGCAAGCAAGAUAGCAAGCUUUGUGAUUGCCCCCACCCUUCCCCUCUCCCACCAAAACGGAAGCAAAAGUUGUCAUGUCGUGUGCAAAAUAGUAAGAAUAAAUGAAGAAUUAGUACUGUAUAGUAUAACCACUGUUCUCCCAUUAUAACAAAUAUCUUUAAUUUGGCAAGAUUUGCAUUAAGAAUUACUGUAAAAUAUGUUCUGUAUAUAAAAUUUGUACAAAAUUCCCUGUGCGCUUCAUUUUGUUAUCUAUACUGUGAUUACCGGGUAUGUUUUAAAAUGGUUUCAUUACCACAUACUGUACUUGUACAGUAUUUAUCUUUUCAUAUUCUGCGGCAAUAAACAGCCAUUUUCACUAUCAUUUUAAUUUAUAUUUUAUAACAGACUUCUGUAAAUGAAUCUUCAUAUUUCACUUUUUUCUUGCGUAUAAUGUAUAAUGCUGUUUAUGCUGACCAGAUAUGUUAAGUUGAACUCUAAUCCAUAAUUCUUCAUUUCUGCAAUAUUGUAUCUUAUUCUUUAAUUCAAGUAUGUAUGCCUAUUUUGCUUAAAAUAUAAAUACAAUAUUGUAUCGGCUGUGUUACUAAAUCGAACGUGUUAUUCAUUAGUGUAUUCAAAUCUUGCCAUUAACAAAAUAAAAAUUUUUGAGUAAA